AUGAAUAUUUCUUUUUUUAGUACACUCUCUUCAAAAUUAUUUUUAGGAAUCGCUAUUUUAUGGAUAAAUAUUAAGUUUCUUAAAGCUGCAAACUAUCCUCAAUUAGUCUUUUCUCCUUCUUCCUUGUAGCAGUAUGACCUUCGUAGCUAAGGUGGUUAUUCAGCUAAGCUUGCCUAUGCUUAAAAUGCUAGUCUAGUUUUUGCAGCAACAGGAUCAUUGGGAGUAUCAGUUUUAGAUUCAAAAACAUAUCAGAUAAUUAGCUAAAUUAACUUGAAUAAUCAAACCAUAACUGGUUUAGAUGUUACUUCAGAUGGUGAAUAUGUAAUGAUGGGAUAUUAAAAUAAAUUUUCAGUCUUCAAGUAUUCAAAUAAAAAUCUUACUCUUUUAUCAUAAGCCUCAUUCUAAUCAGGAGUAAUCAUGGAUGUAAGUUUAGACCAAACUGAAACUAUAGCUUUUGGAUAUGGUAUGCCAGGUUAAAUCUGUGCUUACAAUAUUUUGAAUAAAAAUAAUAUUGUCUUUUUAACUAAAUUUAACACUGCUUCUAAUAGAGUAAGAUAACUUUACGCGACUUUAGAUAACAAAUAUCUCCUUCUUGCAGAUAGCACAAGCGGGUUAAAUGUUAUUCAAGUUACGAAUUCAUAAGGAAAUUACUAAUUAAAAAGCAUUGCAGUUGGCACACCUGCGUGGGAUGUGAUGGAUGUUAAAUUUACUAAUGAUUAUCAGAUUGCUUAUGUAGCAGAUUUCUUUUAUGGCCUGUUUUAUAUUAAUCUUGGUUUCGUUUUCAAUUCAGAUCCCAGUGCCUAUCCUUUAUAGCUAGGCAAUUAGUUUAUAUCUUAUUGGCCUUUUUAGGUAGAGUCUGUAAACUCAUUGGCUAUUACUUCAAAUAAUAAUUAUCUACUUGUUGGUUAAAGAGGUCUUGGCAUUAAAAUAAUUGAUAUCUCUGACAAGAAUAAUCCAGCUUACUAUUCUGAUAUACCUGCUGUGGGUCAUGCAUUUACCAUUUUGCUAGUCAACAAUGAACAAAAUAUUUUUUUUGCAAACUCAAUUAGCAUUAUAGUUUAUGGCUAGUCAGUCCUAAACUUAAAUGAUUAAUAUCCUAACCUUUAUAAUGGAUUUCAAUCAUUUAUGUAUUCACCAUCUAAAACACUUUACUACUGGAAGUGCAUAAUUGGUAAAAAUGAUACAUAUUUUUAUGGAGUUUUUGAUGACGGAGGAGUUUAUAUUAUGACUUAUGGCGAUGACCCUUACAAUAUGUAAAUUUUAGCAUACAUAAUGUAUAAUCCAACAGACCAGACUGAUUUUAUGUGGAUCAAUGAAGAUGAAACCUUGAUGAUAUUGGGAAUAUCAACAAAUUAAUAUACAUUAGAAGUUUUUGAUAUCACUGAUAAGACAAAACCAAAACUAAUUACUUAAAUAACUAAAACGGAAUCUAAUGACACAGAUGGUUGUGUAUUUACUAAAGAUAUGACACGUUUUAUUUGUGCUAAUGGUGGAGAUGGUAUCUUUAUAACAGAUACAACAGAUAUAAAAAACUUAAAAAUAAUAUUCACAUGGCCUCUUGAAAGUUUUAUGACAGGAACCGUGAAAGAUGUAGUUAUAAAAGAUAAUAAAUACAUAUUAGGAGCUAUAAGAAAUUAUGGAAUGUGUGUCCUAGAAUUAACAGAUCCAAAUACACUUGUUCUUAGAGGUUAUUUACAAACAAAUGGUGGUGAAGGAAUUGCUUUAUCAAACGAUUUAAACUACGUCUAUCUCAAAGAUGGUAUUAAUGGAGUAACAAUAGUUGACAUUUAGAAUCUACCAAAUAUUCAUAUUGUAGGCUAGGUUCAAUUAGAAGGCUGGGAGGAAGGUAUUGUUAGAUUACAAAACGAUAAUUAUUUAGUUGCAUUAACUACAGAUGCAGGCUAUGCGGCUUUAAUAGAUUCUUCAAAUAAAAGCACACCUUAUGUUAUAAGUAAAUAUAAUCCAAAUAAAGAGAUUGCAUACAAUGGAUGCACAGACAGCUAGGAAAACUAUAUAAUGAUUCUUACAAAUGCUGGAUUUAGAGUGUUGCCAAUUAAAACAAAUUUGUAUAUACACACAGAAAUAGACUUAGUUACAGGACAAAAUUCUGGCUAGACAGUUUUAACUCCUCUCCCAAAAUCUCAAAGUCUUUUAAUAGGAUAAACUAUUCAGUUUACGUUCUUGAUUCUUUAUCCAGAAAAGAAUAUCAAAAUAAAUUAGAUUCUUUACGUGGAUAAUUACGAGAUAAAACAAAUUCCCUACUGGAUGACAUAUUCAAGCAGUUCAUAAAUUCUAACAAUGUCUAUAGUAAAAGAGGCUCUAGGCUCUGGUAACAUUUAGAAAAGCUUAAAUACUGUAAUAAUACAAACACUCAAGUAAAUUUCAUCAACUGAUUUCAUCUACAACCAAACUAAUGCUACUACAACAGCAGAUCAGAGUAUGAUAAUAUAUAAAUAUCUUAGAUAAAUUUAAUAUAUUGAUAAUAAUGGAUAUAUAACAACUUUAUUUGAUCCUGAAAGUGAUUUUUAAUUCAUUAUUAGUGGAUUGACUGUAACAGAUAAAUUGUAAUAGCAAAUCAAAUUAACACUCGCCCGUAGCUUUUAUCAGAAUCCUGUAGUAUUUUACAUAGAGUCUUCUCUUAAAAUAAAUUUUUAAAGCUCAUCUGAUUACAUCACCUCUCAAUCAAGUACCAUAACUAUUUACUUUUUAAUUGACUCUGCUUAAGGAAAAUUUGUUUCCUUAUCAUAUGGUGGUGUCAUUACUUCAACAACAGAGAAACUUGAAUAAAUUAAGCUAGAAGGUUCUAUUGAGAAUAUUAAUAGAGCUCUUUAAUUUGGAAUAUUUAUAUCAAGAAUAGAUUUAAAUAAUGAUAUAAAUGUUUAGGUCACUCUUUAAGAUGGAACCAAUUAUGAUUAUUAGAAAACAUUAAAUUCAAAGGAUAUAUCUUUUAUCCAUACGAUGGAGACCGUAUAGAUAGGUGAAACUUUAUAAUCCUAAAUUAAUAAUUGGUUUCCCGGAAGUAUAUUAGACAUAGCUACUGCAUUGAAUUUUUAGUUUUCAUCAUCUAGCUUUUAGUGUGCAUCCACAGUUACAUUGUAAUAUUCUGCUUUCUUAUAGAAAGGAGGUUCUUAUAUUCCACUACCUAGUGAUUUUUGGUUGUAGUUUGAUAAAAAUACAAUCAAAUUUUAUGGUUCCGCAACUACUUCACAAUAUGGAUAGACAUUUUACUUAAGAGUGAAUGCUACUGAUGGAUAUACCUAUACAUACUAAGAUUUUUAUAUAAUCAUGAAUGGUCUUCCUUUCGUAUACGUUUUUAAUCUUUUGGUUUAAGUUUUCGGUCCAGUAAUAGCUAUUCUUGGAGUUUUUUAAUAUAAAUAUCAAAUCUUUAAUGUGAUUUUAAAAAAGUAAACAACUUACUCCCCAGAAAUAGCUUUAGUUAAUAAAUAUUUUAUAAAAACGUUUACUGUUGUUGGAAACGAUCUUCUAAAGGCUAGAUUAAUAUUUUAGAUAUUCAGAGAAAACGCAAAUAGAUUAUCAAAUAAUAAUCAAAUUCCUUCCAGAAACGAUUAAAAUGAAAAAAAGUUUUUUAAGAUAGAAAGUUAAGAAUCCAUAAAAUUUGAAGAGUAAGAUAUCACAAAAUCAUAAGCAAUAAACAAUCUAAGAAAAGUUAAAAGAUAAAAACUUUUAAGAAAUCCUAAAAUUGAUGUUACACCAUAUACUUCAAUCAUUCAUACUAAGAAUAGGAUGAUUAUUCCUCAUAUGUAUUAAAGACUAUACAUGAAUGAUGAUGGCUCUAUAAGGUAUGGAAAAAUAUUCAGAGAAUGCGUUUCUAUGGAUAUAAAAUAUAAAAUUGAAAAUAAGCAGUAUUCUGUAAAAGAUGAAAUUAAAGAAUACAAAGAUAGAGAUAGUAGAUUUUAUAUUUGCUUUAAAGCAAUUGUAUCCAGAUAUUUCCUUACUAUAGAUGAAAAAACAAAUGCAGCCUACCGAUAUAUGAAAGACUAUGCUAUAGAAACAUUUUCCUAUACAAAAAAUGAUUGGUAUAAAGCAUACGUUUAAGUUAUUCAUGAGAAGAGGUAAAAUAAAAACAUGCAGCUUCUUCCAUUCCCAAAAGUAGUUUUGAAGGAUGAGAUGAUAAAAGAGGUGUUUUUUGAUUUGGGCAUUAUAACAGAUAAGGCUUAAAAUCUAGGCUAUGUUAGAAAUUUUAGAAUAAAUAUACAUCUAAUUAAAAAUAUGUUGAUAGCUGAUUGCUACGGAUUAGUUGAUUAUGAUCCAUUUUUCUUAUAUCCAUGUGUUGGCGAGUCUAUUCAUCUUUAAUUUCAUGAAAUCCACUCUGUAGAAGCCUUCUAACUUAUUAAGGAAUCUUAUAUCAUGUGGAUAAGAAAAUUGUUGGGAAUUUAAUAUGUCAAGCUAUGCCUGUAAAAAAAUAAAAGUUUACCAAGCUGGAUGAAUUUCGAAAUGAGAAAUGGAGUCAUUAUACUUGAAGGAAUACCGGCCAAUCACGAUAUUGAUGACCUUUUAAUACGUGUCUAUAAUGAAAAUGAAUAUAUUGUGCAACAAUUUUAGCUUAAAAUAGCUGAUGAAGUUGAUCCAGAAGAAAUCAAAGAUUAAUAAAUAAAUUAAAAAGAUCUUUAUGAAAUCAAUUCUUUAGAUGAUUCUCUUUUUAAGUCAAAAGCAAUCGAUUAAACUGAUUAUAAGGAAGAUAGAAAAGAAAAUAUGAUUUAUAGUUAAUUUAAAAUUACUAACAAAUAAACUUCUUAACGUUUUCUUGAAAACUAAAAGUAAUAAUCUAGCGAAAUAAUUACUAAAUCUUAAAGAGAAAAAUCAGAAUAGGUAAGUAUGACUAAUAUAGUUGACUUUAACUCUUACCGCCCUGAUGACUAAGCAUCUACUAGGCGUGAUUAACUUAUGCAGAAUAAAAACGAAAAUACAACAAAUUUGGAUGAGACUAAUGUCUAAAAGCUCGCAGACGAAAGCAUUUCAAAGUAUAAACCUGAGAAAUUGGACCACGAUAUAACCUAAGAUCAAUUAAAUAUUAAUGAUUAAUCAGCCUUAGAAAUCAAUAACAAUAUGAGCAACAUACAUUAAAAGAAGCAUUCACAAUAUGAAGAAUGA